AUGCGUCGCUCGUUUGGUGUGCUUGCAGCUGCGGCUGCCACUGCCGCUCCCACAGCGGUGACUGCAAAUGCCAAGAUGAAUACCCUUCACAGGAUUUUGACGGGUGAGUUGCACUUCAAGAACAAGACACCUGUCAAGGAGUGCAACAUUGUGCACCAGUUUGGUGAGAAUUGGCAGUCGGAGCUGUUGGAGUAUGCCAAAACCCUCUCCGUGGAGCAAAAGAAAGUUCUCGAGCGGCAAGUGGCGCGGGUGAAGCUGACACGUUAUACGGUUGCAGAACUUGCCGCCUACUGCGGCGACGGUCCCGCGCAUCUUGACGCGGUAGCACGUGAAGCGAACAUUGAGCAGGGCGUUGCGUUUCUCAAGGAGAAGGGCGUGGAGGCCUUCGACAAGUACGUGGCCGAGGAGGCGGCGAACGCAAACUGGAAGCCGGAGGAUGUGAGGAAGUUUGCUGACGCGGUGAAGGCCAAGGCUAAGUAG